AUGGAUCCGGAGCCAUGGGAGUGCCGGAGGACGGACGGGAAGAAGUGGAGGUGCUCGAGGAAUGCGGCGCCGGACCAGAAGUACUGCGAGCGCCACAUGCACAGGGGUCGCCCUCGUUCAAGAAAGCCUGUGGAAGUUAGCAAUACCAAACCCACCUCCACCAACGCUCCUCCAACCACGGCAGUCCCGACCAACUCGCCAACCAUCGUCACCACGACCACCACCACCGCAAGCCUUUCUAGGCCGCUUCCAUCUCAAUCCUCUGGCCUCUUCCUCAAGGAUGAGCUUAAGAUUCCAUUCCAAUCCUUGGAACCAAACGAGGAACAACGGUGCCUGGAUUGGAUGAAAGGGAAUAAUGAGGAGAUGGAAUCAAGCUUGCAGUGGGAGCUGAUGCAUUCGAAGAUUGGGGUUGACGCAUGGCACCAUUCCUGUUCUCCAGCAUUAUGA